UUAAUAUUGAUGAUGAUUUUCAGAAGCAGACAUUUUACAUACAGAGGAAUUUCAGUUUAAUAUUGAGAAUUCAGAUUCGAGGAGUGAUUCACAAUCUAUUGUUUGUUCUCCAUCUUAUCAUUCUCUUUGUUCUGAGAAUUUUCCAAUGCAAGAAAGUCCUUACAGAAGUGAUCAUGUACGAGCGAAAAUUGUGUGGACUAGAGAGGGAAGAUUAAAAGAAAAAAAUAUGGGAUCUACUAGUAGUUCUAUCGCACCAAGUAAUGAUAAACAGAUGCUUCAAACAACAGCACAAGAAGAAGAAUUAUGUAAAGCCUUAUUUGCUGGAACAACUAACAUGAAUGAAGCAGCUCAAAAGGUAAAAUCAAAAGAAGACAGAAGAUUGAUGUUUAAGAAAUCAUUAAAUGUCAGUGAAGUGAAAGAAAUGGAUGACGUUUCAAGUGAUAUUAAAUAUCACGAUGCUAAAUUAACUGGAUCGGAAGAAGAUAAUUUAAUUGCACAAGUGUUAAGACAGAGAAAAACAGAGGAUUCAUCCGAAUUAUCGGUAAAAAAUGACGAUAAAUCAGUUCAAGAUGGUGACGGUGCCAAAUCUUGAGGAGCUGAUAAAGAAAAAAUGGAUUCAUUUUUCUACCCAGUGAUUUCUUUUUAAUUAUAAUAUAGUAAUUUAUGAACUAUCAAAUAAAAAUUUCAUAAUUGUAAACAAUUUUCAUAAUGUGUGUUAUAUGUGACAACUUUGUCUGAUUUCAUCCAUCGUAGAAUUAAAUGAUCAAAGUAUUUUUAAAAUUGUAUUUGACUUUUAAACUGAAAUUCUUUUUUACAAUUGUAAACUCAUUGAACUUAAUUUCAAUAAAACUAGAAAAUUGCUAAAAAAUUCAUUCUCAAAAUGCUUUUAUUUAGAAUUAUUAUUUUUGUGGCUGUUUAAUAUCUCCCACUUAAGUGUGUGAAGGUUCAGUUCUCUCGAGAAAAAAGUUACUGACGUCAGGCAUCCCGACGUUUCUUAAACGUUAGUCAAUCUAUCGUGGAAUAAUGAAAGGGGAUCCCCAUAGCUCCA